AUGUUUGAAGAAGACCGUGUUGACAAGGUUGCCGAACCUGAACGCCGCGCUUUUACGUAUUUGAUGCUUUCUUCUGUCCGUUUCGCUUACGCUUCGGCUGCCCGUCUUCUGGUCGUUAAGUUCGUCGCUUCCAUGAGCGCGUCCGCCGAUGUUCUUGCUCUUGCGUUCUCUGAAUUUGAUCUCUCUUCUAUUGAAAUGGGAAAGACCAUUACCGCGAAGUGGCGCGGAAAGCCUGUUUUUAUCCGACGCCGAUCGGCGGCUGAAAUUGCCACCGAAGCGGCCGUUCCAAUGGAAUACCUUCGUGAUCAGGAAACUGACGCAGACCGUACCCUCAAGCCUGAAUUUAUUGUUGUGUUGGGUAUCUGUCCCCACUUGGGUUGCGUGCCUGUGUCCAACGCAGGUGACUUUGGUGGAUGGUUCUGUCCGUGUCACGGAUCUCACUACGAUAAGUCCGGACGUAUUCGAAAGGGACCGUCUCCGCUGAACUUGGAAGUUCCGCCAUACAAGUUUAUCGACGAAAACGUCAUUUUGAUGGGUUAA